AAAGUGUGCCCCUCUCCUCUGCACCCCGCUGAAUGCUGGCCCUCAGGGUGCCAACCUUCUCCCAUACCUUCUCCCAUUGACUUCUUUGCGUUUGGCAGCUGUUAGUUGGCGCUAGUGCCCAUGGUGUCUCGGAUGUGGUGUCAGAAAUGUCUAUUAUGAGGGCAGGGGAGGAAGAAGGAAGAUUCUGCUGAUUGCAACAUUGUGUUUAUGACGCGAGUGUUUUAUCAGGCUUUAUUCUACACAUCCUUUCCUUGAGCAUUUCUGUUAACCUCGGUUGAAAUCACUGCUGUUCACUACCUAUAAGACAUUGUGCAGGGUGGUCAUCACGCUUUGGUAUGUGUGUUGGUGACUUCUGAAAUCCUAAAGGAGCUCUGCAUUGUGGAUCAAAGCCUCCAUCUUUGUCAAUUAGGAAAUGGACCGCUUGGGCUCCUUUAGCAAUGAUCCUUCUGAUAAGCCACCUUGCCGAGGCUGCUCCUCCUACCUCAUGGAGCCUUAUAUCAAGUGUGCUGAAUGUGGACCACCCCCUUUUUUUCUCUGCUUGCAGUGCUUCACUCGUGGAUUUGAGUACAAGAAGCAUCAAAGUGAUCAUACUUAUGAAAUAAUGACCUCAGAUUUUCCUGUUCUUGAUCCCAGCUGGACAGCCCAAGAAGAAAUGGCCCUUUUAGAAGCUGUGAUGGAUUGUGGCUUUGGAAAUUGGCAGGAUGUAGCCAAUCAGAUGUGCACCAAGACCAAGGAGGAAUGUGAGAAGCACUAUAUGAAGCAUUUCAUCAAUAAUCCUCUGUUUGCAUCCACCCUACUGAACCUGAAGCAAGCAGAGGAGGCAAAAACUGCUGACACAGCCAUUCCAUUUUACUCUACAGACGACCCUCCCCGACCUACCUUUGACUCUUUGCUUUCUCGGGAUAUGGCAGGAUACAUGCCAGCUCGAGCAGAUUUCAUUGAGGAGUUUGACAAUUAUGCAGAAUGGGACUUGAGAGACAUCGAUUUUGUUGAAGAUGACUCGGACAUUUUACAUGCUCUGAAGAUGGCUGUAGUAGAUAUAUAUCAUUCCAGGUUAAAGGAGAGACAAAGGCGAAAAAAAAUUAUAAGAGACCAUGGAUUAAUCAACCUUAGAAAAUUUCAGUUAAUGGAACGGCGGUAUCCCAAAGAAGUCCAAGACCUGUAUGAAACAAUGAGGCGAUUUGCAAGGAUCGUGGGGCCAGUGGAGCAUGACAAGUUCAUUGAAAGCCAUGCAUUGGAAUUUGAACUCCGAAGGGAAAUCAAGAGGCUCCAGGAAUACAGGACGGCAGGCAUUACCAAUUUCUGUAGUGCCAGGACCUAUGAUCACCUCAAGAAGACACGAGAGGAAGAGCGCCUUAAGCGCACCAUGCUCUCCGAAGUUCUGCAGUACAUCCAGGACAGCAGUGCUUGUCAGCAGUGGCUCCGCCGUCAGGCUGACAUUGAUUCCGGCCUGAGUCCAUCCAUUCCAAUGGCUUCAAAUUCAGGUAGACGAAGCGCACCGCCCUUGAACCUCACUGGCCUCCCUGGCACGGAGAAGUUGAAUGAAAAAGAAAAGGAGCUCUGUCAGAUGGUGAGGUUGGUCCCGGGCGCCUAUUUAGAAUACAAAUCUGCUUUAUUGAACGAAUGUAACAAGCAAGGAGGCUUGAGACUGGCACAGGCAAGAGCACUCAUCAAAAUAGACGUGAACAAAACCCGGAAAAUCUAUGAUUUCCUCAUCCGAGAAGGACACAUCACAAAAGCCUGAGGCUCUGUGGGCUUGGGAUCAGAAGUCACACAUUUGGAAUGUGGUGGGCCAAAAGACAGUAGAGGCGGCAUUCUGGAGAGUCGUUUUUAAGCUGAAUUCUCAUUGUAAAAACAGGAGAACAAAGGAAACUUUAA